GACUGAUGCACAGAACUGAAGACUGACGGUAACGACAUUUUAUUUUCAUCUAAAACAAACUAAAAUCAUUCAAAUGUCUGCGGAUUUAAAACCCGUAACGGGGACUAUCGAUGAUUUCCUCGCAUGUGGGGUUUUACCGUGGCGCGUUAAAACGAUCGAGCCGUGCGUGCUCUCCGCCGCUGUGUCACGGGAUGCUGAACAAGCUGUUAUAAAAAAGGAUAUGGAAUUUAUUCAACAUUCUGUUUUUGUUUUAUUCAAAAACGUUUGGACCCAAUAUGUUGAUCAACCGGAUAGGAAGUUCUAGGAAUUUACUCGGUUUUCCAUUUUACGAAAUGAGAUUGCAGAAAACCGUUGAGCCAUCGAAAUAGAAGUGUCGGGUUUUCGUACAAUAUGAAAGAAUACGAAGAUUCAGAGAGAGUUUUCCUCACGCCUUAAUAGGCGUGAGGAAAAUUUGAUUCUCAAAACGAGGGUGUGGGAAAGCAAAUUCAACGCGUCGGUCAACGGCGGCCAUCUUUGUUGAGCACUUCGCGUCGUAUCGUUGCUCGUGGCUCGAAUUCAUGUGUUACGAUCAUCUCUUGCUCGUUUUAUCCAUGUCUUGACCUUUAUCGUUUUCGGGCACUCAUAUUCGUAUUCCUACGUAUCAUAUAAUUGUGUAUGUGUUGUAUGCGUGCAUUCUCGCGGUUACGUGCACACGAAACACUUCACAAUUCGUUCGCUACACCCAACGCGCGGCAUAAUUUCAUCGCCAAGUUCAACAAAUAUAAUACGAUUCACGCAAAUUCGCGAAAUAUAACUGACUUGUAGGCCAUGAGGCGAAACAUCGUAUAAACGUUAUUUAAAACAUGAUAAAAUAUUUGAAAAUGAUCGAAAAUUCGACGAUUACGUUUUUCAAAUCGAAAAGUCGGAAAACUAUUGAAAAAAUUAAUAAUAUCUAAAGCUUUUUUCUAACCCAAUAUUUAAAAUUUUCAGCCAAAGCAAAUUUUUUUCAUCAUUUAAGAAUCAGAACGCUGUUCAAUUCGCAAAUUUACGAUUUUAUAACUAAAAAAAAAAAACUUUUAAAUUUCGAUAGAUUCAGUUAACGCGUCUUACAACACAAAGUACAAAAAUGAAUAGAAAACUCGCGUGUAGUUCUCAAGAGUUAUAAAUAAAAUUACUCAUUUCAAUGACGCAAACGUACAAAUAACAGCUAAACCAGAGAGCGAAAGUGAGGUGGAAAAAUAUUCUUCCAAUCUUAUCCGACAGCGUGUGAAUAGAAGCAAUGAGCGAUUUUAGAAUUUCUAAAACUGCCACAAUUUCCCGACAUGUGAAAUGAAUUCGUCGCGUAGUUUCGUGAUUCCCGACAUUUGAUACAUUUGACUUUGUUCAUCGUCUGACUGCAUUUGACGCAAAUGACCAAAAAAAAACAAACACAAACACACGAAUUACUUAUACGGUGAUUAUUCAUUGACGAUACAAAAAACUAAAUUUCCACACAAUUCAUCAUGAUGACCCAUAUAAAAUUGAUAAAAACUAAUAUGAAAUGAUGAUGCUCCUGAUGACAUCGACAACGAUGAUAAUGAUGAUGAUGAUCCUGAUGAUGAUGAUGAUGAUGAUGAUUACGACGACAAUGAUGAUGAUGAUAAUGAUGAUGCCAAUUGAUGAUGAUGAUUAUUAUUAUUGUUAUUAUUAUUAUUAUGACUUAUUAUUAUGACAACCUGACGAUGUUGAUUCCACCAAUGAUCUUUUAUAUGUUGAUGAUGCUGACGUUUGAUGAGUUCCCCGAUUUUCAACCGUUUCUAUGCUCGAACGAUUUGACCUUCAACUGUGCGAAAAAAUUCCUCGUCAAACUGAUCACCGCACGGAAAUUUAUGAGAGCUCUCAGUGUGGAUAAUGAUGACUUGGAAGAUGGAGAAAUACCAUCGGACGAGGAUGACGAACCAACUCCGCCACCUCCAGUUGUCAAACCACCCACCGAACCGGUCAAACCGACAAUCGCUGCUGAUUCACCCAAGCACAAAAAUUUUGAGCCAAAAUUCACGAAGAACAAGAAACCGAGUAGCAGCACCAGCAAUACAAAUAAUAGCAAACAAGACAGAUUUGGCAAGUACAAAAACCCUUCCGAGGACUGGGCAGGUGAUGUGGAGAAAGCCAUUCGUGCUGCGCUAGAAGAACAGGACCGCUCCAAAGGGCAGGACAAUGCUAAAUCUAAAAGCAGAAGUAAUCGCAGCAAAAACAGAAAAAGAAUUCGCGAUGAAAAAGAAGAGGAACGAGCCAAGGCACAGAAGAAACGAAAAUUGAGCGAUGAAGAAAAUGGUAACGAAGAUGACGAUGAGAUGCUUUUCGUUCGUGGGGCGUCACCAGUUUCGCGCAGGGACGGUCACGAUACGACACGAUCAUCGCCAAGGCGUUCUACCGAACGUGACAGUUACGAUAAUGUGUCUGAAAACGAUGACAGAUCGAGUGACCGGAGGCAGAGAGACAACGAUAGCAAUAAAAGAGGCAGCAACAGCGGUGCUGGAGGACGUGGCCCUGUUCGUCGAGGUGGAAAAACAGAACGAGGUGGUAAAAACAAGGGUCGAGGGCAGCUCAGGAACGAUAGGAACGGCAGAAGGAAUCAAAAUUCCGAUCACGGUCAGGAUCCCGACGCGAUUUGUCUGUACUACAUGCAGGGGAAAUGUCAUCGAGGUGACGAUUGUCCCUUCUCGCACAAUGCUUUGCCACCACGAAAGAUGGAAUUGUGCAAAUUUUAUCUCAUGGAUUGUUGCGCCAAACGUGACAAAUGUUUGUACAUGCAUCAUGAUUUUCCUUGUAAAUUUUUCCACACCGGGCUCAAAUGCGUCAACGGUGAAAACUGCAAGUUUUCACACGAGCCGCUUAACGAACAAGUUAAAAAUAUUUUGCUCAAACACUUGGAAACUGCGCCGAAAGAAAUACUCGGUGAUUUUCCCCGGCUCAGUCGCGAAGGUGCAUUGAUGAUGAUCAACAACACCGCUAGGAAUGCGGCGCAAAGUCAAGAGACUGCGAACCAGAAAAUCCCGAGUUUAUUCGAUGUUGCUCUUCCAGCUCCCGUCAAUGCCACCGACCAGGAGGACGAGGAGCCCCGAGGGAACAGUACAACAACCACGUCAAAUAAGGAUCAAAAUGCUGUGGUCCCGUCCCAACAAAAGAGACCAACAUCUUCAACUGCAAAAGAACGGAAACCAGCGGGAAAAAAGACACGUUGGGGUUCGGACGAAGAUCGAGUGCCUUAUGAACAAAUAAUGUUGCUCCAAUCGGUGAGCCAACUUGGUCUUCAUCUACCUAAUGUUGCUCUUGGUCUUGCCGUACAACAACAGCUUCAGCAACAUAUAUUAAUACAGCAAUGCAUCGCUAAUAUGGAAUUCUACAAUGAGAUACACGGUAGUCCGGGCGAUCCGACGGCGAUUAAAGAUAAAGUUAAGGCUAUGGAAAACUCAGAUUUUACGAAAGAUGUCAGCGAGGAAGCGAUAGCUGCUCAGUCGAAAGCCAGCUCCGAAGGUGUUGAAGCAUCUUCGAAAGACAUCGAUCUCAGGGAAGUUUUGAAUGCGAACAGAGCGUCUGCUGUUUCGUGUAUAGCCGACGCUGCUGCUAAUUUGGAAACUCCGAAAUUCGACGAUGAAAGCGAUCGCGAUGAAGAAACGGGUCUCGUUAUUGAAAUGCCGGUCGAAGACGAGGACAAGAAUAAAGAGGAAGAGAAAGAUAAGGGAAUGAUUACCCGGGAAGAAGCAGCUACAGAAAAUGAUAGCGUCAUGAAGGAAACCGUCGAAAAACGUGAAGUACCUGAAGAUGGAUCGAUCCAUUCUCGCAAAACUGCAACUGGACACGUAUCUUCACCAAUGCGUAAUGAAAAUGUAACGGAGGAUCAAGAAAUGCCACCGAAUUUGCCGAAAAAGGCUCAAGAGCUUUUCAUGAGAAUUCAACAGCAGCAAAGAGCUGCGAAAGACAGUUUGGCGAUUGCGGAUGACAAGGGCAAAGUGGAAGAAGCGACGAAGGACGAUCCUUGGUAUUCCGACGACGAAGAGACUGAGAAACACGACGACGACGACGACGACGAUGACGAUGACGAUGAAGCUGGCAACCUUACGAUCGUUUUAAAAGAUCCACAAAAAGAUGAGAGCGACCGGGGCGAAGACGGCGGUCCUGAAACUCCAGAAAAGGAGAAAGCGCCAGAGAUCCCGGAAGUACCAAGUAUUCCACAACCAGCGGUAUUCGGUGAUAAGUUAGGAAAUCUCAGUAAGAUCGACAUAAGCGCAGAAGUAACAAAAAUAUUGUCCGCAAUAAAACCGCACGGUUCAAAAUUGCACGCACCCCGACCAGAAGUUGCUCAAUCAAGUAUCGAGUCUCGCCUGGAGAGUGCAGCGCAUCCGGCUUACGAUGCAUCGUCCGAGGUGUCUAAAAAUUCUCGACUAAGUACAGAAGAUUUAAAAAAGCUGCCGAGCUUGGAGACGAGUGCAUCUCGAGAUACCGAAGGAAACAAAUCAAAAUCCGAAAACGGCAAGUGGAGCCCAAAGCCGUCAAGUGCAGGGAACGCUGCAGCGGUUUCGAGAGAUCCUCGAAUGUCGAGAGACCCUCGUCAACGUCGAGAAGAACAAAAAUCUGUGAGCCCAAGUCGGAACGAAUCGAAGAAGGAGUCGCGCUCACUGCGUCUUGAAACAUCGAUAUACUCCUCUGGAAUAACUAUAAUGGACGCGAACAUGGACACGGAUUUGCGGGCUAGACCGGACCAAGAUCAUCGUCGAAAAGAUAUGGAUCUACGACAGCGAUUUCAGCAGCAAGAUUUCGGCGAUACUGAUCUUCGGGUGGUUGGGAGUAAUUUUUCAGACGGUUCAAAUUGGCGUUCGGACGUAGAUUUAAGACCAAUGUUAACUUUACCGUUCAAGCCAGCGCCGUCUCAUGUGCCGUGUACGGAAAUCGAGGCCAGCAUAUCAUCGCAUCCAUCAAUGUCUUACAAAGUAUAUGUAGUCGAUAUACCGCGUCCCGAUUAUACGGGACUUAAGUUAACGAAAAACGAUGCUCAGGUCAAAUACGAUCCGCGAUUAAGAAAAAUUUUCCGAUUGCCAAAAGUCGAUAUCGCUGAUUCUCCAAUGUCGCCACCACCAGCGGUGCCGGUAAAACCGGAAACACCGAAGUCUCCACCUCACUUGACAGUGCGAUCAGAUCCUCGAAGAAAAGCCCUUGAGACUUCGAGUCAAGUUUCACAGAAUAUCAGCGGUUCCGGUGUGUCCGCGAAUCCUGUGGGAGUAGUAGGAAUGUUGCAGGGUCAAGGUCAAAGUGGUAUGGGACAUCAACAAUCGGAAGGAAUGUCGGCAAUGGGAAUGAAUGUUUCGGGCAUGCAAGUACCAUCGGGUAUUCCAGGAAUGCCACCGAUGGGUCAAAAUCCUAUCAUGGGAGGAAUAGGAGGGCCAAUGAUAGGCGGGCCAAUCGCGCCUUCGAAUUUACCACCGAUGGGAAUGGGGCCCGGUCCGAAUAUGGGCGGCCCUGGAAAUGGACCCCCGAUGACUUACGAUCCAAGAUAUGCUGCUCAGAGAAAUGGAGGUCCAGGACUUUUGGGACCAGCGCCUGGAAUGGGUUAUGGUCCUGAUGUUGGGCCACCUUCUUAUGAUGGGCCUUCUGGUUAUCCUGGACAGGGUAAUUUCAAUAAUUUCGGCCCUGGACCCGGGGCACAGGAUUCUGGAAUGAUGGCCUUCGGACCGGGUGGCCCUAAUCCCGGAAGCUUCGGCGGAAACGUACCACCAGCUGAAUGGACGCCGGCUAAUCAGAAUCAGAUGAGACGCGGGGGUGGCGGUGGCAGUAAUAGAGUCAGAAGAAGAAACCGAAAUAGAGCAAAUUCUGGACCUAACAAUAGAAGAUCUCCGCAAUAAGUUUUAUUCAUACUCUUAUUUUUCAUCUAAACUCCAGCGAUUAAUGUUAUCGAUAAAUAUUGUCGAAUAAUCGAAAUUCCGAACAAUGAUGAAAGCCAAAUUCUAACGAAACUGUGAAAUUUCGUUGGCAGGAAAAACGAGGAUUGUGUUCAUUCACAUGAAAUACGAGGGGUAAUGAAUCGAGCCUGAAAUAAAGUAUAAGAUAAAUAUUCGUCAUAAGCGAAUACUCAAUCAACGUGACAACGGUUUUUGUCUCAUGGAAUCGGAAAUUAGCGAUAUUGCGUCUGUAUCUAUGAAUAUGUAUAUACAGAACCAUAUAUAUAUAUAUGUUUAUAUAUUUACGAUCACACAUAAGUCAUACAAGCAACAAAUGCUGUUGGAAUAAUGUACUCAUCAAACUUGAUACGAUAAGGAUGUUGGCAUAAUAAGCGAGUUUAAUUAUAUAACAUCUGUAGAUAAUAUUGUUAAUCAGUUGAUAGACUAAUACCGGAUGGAUUUUAUUCCAUCAUUGAGCCGAAAAUAAUGUAAAUAACCCUACGGGCCGUCAAAAUUUGACAUUAUAAUUACUCGGUUUAUACAGACCUUUAAACGAAAUAUGAGUCGUAACCGUAUGUUAAGUUUAAUUCAAUAAAAAUUUUGUUUCAAUGCAUCAAAAAUUAUUUUUUCACGUCUAUCAUAAUGAACAAAUUAGAUUAUUAUUACAUUAAUUAACAUUGUAGUUUAUUCGAAUGGCUUCCUCAUAAUUGUGCGAUUGAAGAAACAAUUCCCAAUAGAAAUCAAUCGACUUUCAGGUAGUUAUUUAAAAUUGACUUUCUGUACCUCAAUAGUUUAUUUUCAAAAUGUAUCAUUCGAAUUUGGAUCAUGAAUCGAAAGAAGUGAAAUUUUUCUCAAUAUUUCAUUUUAUUUGGUGGAGGACAUUGUACAAAAGUUAUAUUAGCAAUGCAAAUAACUAACUACGUCUAUGUCAAUAAGAUUUUUUUUUUUUAACAAACGUAUAUGAUCGAUUAUUGCAAUUCGAGUCAUGCCUCGAUUGCAUUACCUUGGUUGCUGAAUUCGUUUCGCAUAUACACGAGAGAAGUUUCAUCCAAGAUGGUAAACACAUUUGUAAAUAUGUAAUUAAAUAUGUUAAUCCUAAAUAACGUCUUCUUCUCCACUAUGUGGAGCAAAUUCUGUAAAUAAUGUGCAAAUCUGUUAUGACAAAUCGAUGUACAUAUUGAACAGAAGGACAAUUAAUAAAAACAAAACUUGUUGAA